AUGCUUCACAAGCAGCUUGCCUACGGCCUCAUGGCCGUACUCGCGUCUAUGGCGAACGCUGAGGGAACGUCCGAUGUUCACCAGCUGACCAAGGACACCUUUGACGACUUCAUCAAGGCUAACGAUAUUGUCCUCGCAGAGUUCUUCGCUCCCUGGUGCGGCCACUGCAAGGCCCUCGCCCCCGAGUAUGAGAUCGCCGCCACUUCUCUCAAGGAGAAGGACAUCAAGGUCGCCAAGAUUGACUGCACCGAGGAGGCCGAACUCUGCAAGAGCCAGGGUGUCGAGGGAUACCCUACCCUCAAAGUCUUCCGUGGCCUCGACGAUGUCAGCCCCUACACUGGCCAGCGCAAGGCUCCUGCCAUCACUUCGUACAUGGUAAAGCAGUCCAUGCCCGCCGUAUCCGUCCUGACCAAGGACACCCUCGAGGACUUCAAGACGGCCGACAAGGUUGUCCUCGUCGCCUACGUCUCCGAGGAUGACAAGGCCUCGGCCGAGGCCUUCUCCAAGGUCGCCAGCUCUCUCCGCAACGAUUACAUCUUUGGCAGCGUCGGCGACGCUGCCGUUGCCGAGGCCGAGGGUGUCAAGGCCCCCGCCAUCGUCCUGUACAAGGACUUUGACGAGGGCAAGGACGUCUUCACCGACAAGUUCGAGGAGACGGCCAUCGCCACCUUCGCCAAGACGUCGGCCACCCCCCUCAUUGGCGUCAUCGGUCCCGAGACGUACGCCGGCUACAUGUCUGCCGGUAUCCCCCUGGCCUACAUCUUUGCCGAGACUGAAGAGGAGCGUGAGUCGCUCGGCAAGGCCAUCCGCCCCGUGGCUGAGAAGUACAAGGGCAAGAUCAACUUUGGCACUAUCGACGCCAAGGCUUUCGGCGCCCACGCCGGCAACCUGAACCUCAAGGGCGACAAGUUCCCCGCCUUUGCCAUCCAGAACACCGAGGACAACCAGAAGUUUCCGUUCGACCAGGAUUCCGACAUCACCCUCGACGCCAUCACCAAGUUCGCCGACGACUUUGUCGCCGGCAAGCUUGAGCCCAGCGUCAAGUCCGAGCCCAUCCCCGAGACCCAGGAGGGUCCCGUCACGGUCGUCGUCGCCAAGAACUACGCCGACAUCGUCCUCGACGACACCAAGGAUGUCCUGAUUGAGUUCUACGCCCCCUGGUGCGGACACUGCAAGGCCCUGGCCCCCAAGUACGAGGACCUCGCCUCGCAGUACGCUGCCAGCGACUUCAAGGACAAGGUCGUCAUCGCCAAGGUCGACGCCACCCAGAACGAUGUCCCCGACGAGAUCCAGGGCUUCCCCACCAUCAAGCUCUACCCCGCCGGUGACAAGAAGGCUCCCGUCACCUACAAGGGCCCCCGCACCAUCGACGACCUCAUCAAGUUCGUCGAGGAGAAUGGCAAGUACAAGGCCAACGCUUCGCCGGCUGCCGAGGAGGCUGCCCCCGCCGCCACCGGGGAGACCAAGGAGGAGACCAAGGAGGAUAAGGAGAAGCACGAUGAGCUGUAA